GAGAACCAAUCAAACGCAACGAAUAAUAACAUAACGUCUGCGCCACAUGGUUUAACGAACUUUGCAUGGAAAAAAGCCAGAAAAAAUCUUCACAUGACUUUGGAAAACCGGAGCAAAUAAAUUUUACAAAAAGCCUGAAUGGUCAAGGUUUCUUACUACUGUCCUAGAUUUUGAAGAAUUAUCAUACGUGAAUUAAUGUCCAAUGGGGCUGUACACGGUUCAACGAGCGAAACGUUUGACAAACUGGAACACGAGUGUGCAUACAAGUCUUUGGGAUACGACAACCGAUGACGACUUCGAAGUUCCAUUGCCGGCGAUUAUUCUUCUUGGUGUCCUCGGCUUUUGCCUAAUUAUCGUAAUUAUCCUCUACCUGGUAUUACAACACAACCAGAACAAACUGUUGGACAAAGUUGGCGGCAAAGGACGCGAUAAAAAAGAGGAAUAUGAAACUAGUUUACUCAGUGAAGAGAGAUCAGAUUUGGACGAUGAAGAGCAAAUGUUUCCUGUAUCUGGGAAGGAAUACGUUGAAAAACACGACGAAUUUUACGCACCAGCACCUCCUAAAACUGCCGUCUUAGUUGUUUCAGUUACUUAUUCUUCUCGAAUUGGUCGUCUGUUUGUUGAAAUAAUACAACUAGAGUCCAUAGCUAAGGAGAUAAAACGAUCUGACUUCGGCAUGUCCGUGUCAGUUCAUGCUCGACUACAACCACUACCUGAGCAAUUUCGACAUAAAACAACAUCAAAGAACAUUUUGAAACCGAUUUUUAACGAAAAGUUUGCCUUCGACGGAUUUUGUCGAUCCGAUUUAAAGAAAUGUUGGUUUCGAUUUCGCAUCUACUCGCAUAGAACUAUAGGAAGAAGCAAGAUCCUUGGUCAGGUUAAUGUUGGCGUGAUGGAAUUUGAAGUUGAUGGGAUAUGGUCGACGUUAAAAUUAGACGUAGCACCAAGUGAAGAGGUUCAUAGACUGUUCAAGUAAAUUGUCAUUUUUUUUACUAAUGACGUCAUGCUUUUUUGGCGAAGUGCAUGAUGGUAAUGAUCAAGAUCAAGAUGCCGGACGUCUCGUAGUUUGUCUGUGAAAUUUACGUUAUCCAUUGUCGAGAAUACUUUGUAAAAUAUUACAUAAGAUUACUGCAUAUCAGAGUAGUCUAUAGAAGACCUAUAAUAAGUAUGCUUGGUGCUCGUACGACAGCCAAAAACACGACCAUAUGGCUUCAGUUUGUACUUGCACCAAUACCAUAGUGCACCUCGGCGAACAUUGUAUGACGUCAUUGCGAACCAUCACUGCGCGCUAACAGACGAGCACGCAUAAUAGAGUUUCGACUUAUAUAAUCCUGAAUGGACGAAAAAAAUAGAAUAGACUGAACAAUUUUAUAAGAGCAUGUAGAAAAUCGUAACUCCUGCAGUAUGCAGCUACACUGAAUAGAACUUUAUCGGACUUUUUUAACUUUUGAAUUCACUAUUAACAAAUUUUAAUGACUUAAACUAAAAAGAAGAAUCUAUAUAGUACUUUAAUGUUUAUUUAAGAAUAGUAUUUAUUCACAAGACUUUCUGUGGAAAGUAAGCUUUAGUUUAAAGAGUUUAACUUUACUUUAUAAACAAUACUAUUUACUUUAUAAUUCAUGUAUAACUUACUUAUACUUACAGUUCCUAUAAUAAUUAUUAUAACAUCGGUGUUACCUAAUUUUAAAAUCUUUCUCAGUUUGGACAGCAUUCUUUUUUAAGUACGUCUAUGUACCAGUGAUAAUAAAAUAAACUCCUAACAUUUACUCGAGCAAUCUGCAAUAACUUAUUGGGUCACUAAACUGCCAAAAAGUAAAUAAAAUUAAUCAGAUUUCACCUGUGUUUUAUGGUAGUCUGCCUUAGUUACUAAACAAAGGUCAUGCUUUCUAAAUGGCCAGUC